GUCCUGUUCUUACCCUUACAUUAUGUUUUAAUUUGAUUUGUUUAAUAAUUAUACCACUCACCACUGUCCUAUAUAAUAUGAAUAAAUUAAAUAGUCUACUAUACUAUUCUGGUCACUGAAAUGGAAUCUACACAGUCAUUAUGUCAGAUUUAACUCUUCUUGAUCUACCUUUUGAUAUUUUAUCUAAAAUCUUUAAAUUUUUAGCAUUAUCAGACCUUGGCAAUGUAAUGCUCACUUGUAAAACUUUGAAGACCUUUAUUACACAAGACAAUACAAUCUGGAGAUCUUUCACUAACCUAUUCGUUCGCAACAGUGUCGAUAACAGGUCCCAACCACUCUCAUCUUAUACAUUAUGUAGAGUUUCACGAAGUUGGUGUAAUGGAUUUUACAAACAGAAAACUCUCCGUUAUAAUACAAAAUACAUGCCAUGGGUGAAGUUUCACAAUUCAGAAGCUGUGCUGAUAGCACUUGGAUCAAAACUAUGUUGCUAUCCUGCCGACCCACAGGGUUUAAAGGAUGGUGGAUAUAUAUGGAGUGUGGAAGUACCAAAAGUUGAACGAAAUGACAUAAGAACAAAUGAUAUAUCAAGAUUUGUAAUUAAAAAUGGACUCCUUGUAUGUGGAAAUAGAGAUGGAUGUGCUAUUGUUUAUAAAUUUAAGGGCACAAGGCAAAGGCCGUGCUUGCUCCACCAUAUCCAAGACUGUCAUGACGGAGGCCAGUCAGAAGUUUCUGCAGUGGAACUGAUUCAUACUGGAGAUGUGUCCAUUGCAGUCACUGCUUCAUGCACCAGUCCUAACCUUUGCUACUGGUACAAUAAUGGAAUAGAGCAUGAUAUGAAUGCACCUGCAAAGGUAAAAAUUUAUAAAAAUACAGAUAUAAUCAGAGUACCACACCAUGGUAUUGAAGGUUUGAGAUGCCUAUCAGUAAAUAAAUCACAAACUAAAUUAGCUAUUGGCCCAGAUGGAGACAGUAAGCCUCUUUUAGUAGAUGUCACAAUGUCAAAAUUUGUCUCUUGCACCAAUGUGUCCCCUGAUGUAAGGCAAGCAGUGCGAGAUGUGCAGUGGCAUGAUGAGAACACAAUUGCUUAUGUCACACAUGCUGGGAAACUGCAACUCAUUGAUACUAGAACUUUUGAAGUUGUAUAUGAUUCAAAGGACCCAUUCUUAGUUACCCUGUACUGUGUGAAGACUGAUGGUGACAGUGCCAUCCUAGCAGGCGCCGCAGAACACUCUAGAUGCGUGCUGUAUGAUCGAAGAAAUGCCAAUUGUCAUGUUCAGAUGUACUUCACUUCAAAGAGGCCUUCGCCUGUAUACAGUUUAGAUUUCGACUCAACUAGGCUUAUAGCAGCAACAGACCUCAAUCUUGUUAGCCUGAACUUCAACAUAAGAGCUGACAAAAUGAGACAGCGAGAUUAUUCUUCCUUCGAUUUUAAGAUUGCUUAAUUUGCGGUUUGAAAAUUAAAACAAAUCGAAUUAGGAAUAAAAUUAUAAAACAAAAUGAAU